AUGGCGACCUCCGGUGAAAAUAAUGUCGCUUCUGUCAGGAGAAGACGCCUCAAAGCUAGCUUGAAAGACGCAAAGUGUACAGACAGCAGCGGCAGAAAAGAUGCGGCGAGCACAGUCGAAAGCACCAAGAAAGGAAAGAAGCUCCAGUCGUUAGAAACGGGGACUUUUUGGCUCACUCGUAUUGUUCUGCUGCGCUCCGUUGCCUUUAUUUACUUCGUGGCGUUCAGUGUCGCGUACAACCAGAAUAAACAGCUGAUUGGUGAAAACGGCCUGAUGCCUUGCAAGAGCUACCUCAAUAGUGUCAAGCACUACGUGGGAGGGAAGAUAGGCAUGGCUGCUCUGGCAUACACACCGUCCAUCCUCUGGUUCUUGGACUGGAGCAAUAUGGAUGCCAACCUAGAUGGCAUCGCCUUGUUGGGGAUGGCCCUCUCCGGUUUUGUUCUGGUGACGGGAAUGGCCAAUGUGGUGAUCAUGGUGUCCUUGUGGGUGCUAUACCAUUCCUUGGUCAAUGUGGGACAGCUGUGGUACUCCUUUGGCUGGGAGAGUCAGCUGCUGGAAACCGGAUUCCUGGCCAUUUUCCUGUGUCCAAUUUGGACUCUGUCUCAAGUCCCCCGCCGUAGCCCCCCAUCACUCAUCUCCAUCUGGACUUUCAGGUGGCUUAUAGUUCGCAUCAUGCUUGGAGCUGGCCUGAUUAAAAUCAGAGGGGACAAAUGUUGGAGAGACCUCACCUGCAUGGAUUAUCACUAUGAGACCCAGCCUGUUCCGAACCCCAUGUCCUACUACAUGCAUCGCUCUCCUUGGUGGUUCCAUCGCUUCGAGACUUUAUCCAACCACUUCAUCGAGCUCAUUGUCCCCUUUUUCACCUUCCUGGGCAGGCGAAUGUGCAUCAUCAAUGGUGCACUCCAGAUCCUGUUCCAGAUAGUUCUGAUAUUGAGCGGGAACCUCAGUUUCCUAAACUGGUUGAGCAUUGUUCCCAGUCUGGCCUGUUUUGAUGACGCAUCACUGGGCUUCUUGUUUCGCUCCAGAAGUGGAGCCAAAAAAACAGUACUGAAGAUUCAGGAUGAGGAUAAAAGUGGACGAACCCCUGAAGCAACUAAAGGAAUGCAGAUUCGUCACAUUGUCAAUGUGUCUUUGGGCAUUCUGAUUGGCUGUCUGAGUGUUCCAGUGCUCAUGAAUCUACUGAGUCCCAGACAGGUGAUGAACACCUCUUUUGACCCACUGCGCAUCGUCAACACCUACGGGGCCUUUGGCAGCAUUACCAAGGAGCGCACUGAGGUGAUUUUCCAAGGUACUCUGAGUGAGGAUCCCAAAAACCCAAAGGCAGUUUGGGAGGAAUACCAAUUCCUUUGUAAGCCGGGAGAUCCGUACCGACGGCCGUGCCUCAUUUCCCCAUAUCAUUACCGCCUGGACUGGCUCAUGUGGUUUGCGGCCUUCCAGACCUACGAGCAAAGUGAGUGGGUCAUUCACAUAGCAGGACGCCUGUUAGCUAAUGAUAGCACAGUCCUCUCGCUACUAGACCACAACCCCUUCCAGGACAGAGGCAUCCCCAGGUGGGUUCGCGGAGAACAUUUCAGAUAUAAGUUCAGCCAACCGGGCAGUACCAGUGCAGCCGAGGGUAAGUGGUGGCUGAGAAAACGCAUCGGUCCCUACUUCCCUGCUGUGGACCUGGAGGCACUCAGGGGAUACUUCCAGUCCAGGGACUGGCCCCACUCACAUAUACCAACACAGAAGAAUUGAGGACAACAGCGACAUAUUGACACACACACACACACACACACAGAACUAUAGAGGUCCAAAGAGCUCAUUAAUACAUUAAAAGAACGUGAAUACAUUUGUGUAUCUGAAUUAAAUUGGGACCAACAUUAGCCAUAUGAUCGUCAUGGUAUGUAUGUGUCAUUUUUUUUAAGUAUGCCACUGCUUUUGAACAAAAUGAAAUGAGCAAACAAGUCACUCUUCUGUUGUAUGCUUGUUUAUUCAAGUCAGAUGAUUGACAAUGUGAUUUUAAUGUCAUUCAAACAUAGCCAUGUUAAACUGCAAAACAUGUUUCAUAUGAUGGGAAUAAAUUAACUGCUAGUGAGCCCAUCCCACGGGGGACCCAUCCAGACAGACACCACCCACUGCCCAGGACCCAGGGCCCCCAGCCGAACCAAAGCGAGCCCGACCAGUCCCAAAGGGAGGGGCAAGGGAUUCCUUUUGCUUUGUGCAUUGAGAAAUUAAGAAGUUUACUGCCCUUGUUUUAUACUAAAAACUUUCCACAGAACUGAAAUCCCAACAUUUAGAAAUGCAAUGUAAUGUAAUUUUAUUUGCUAUCCUAGUGUGUGUUUGUUGCCAGAAGAUACCUUCAUAUUCUUCAGUGGUGUAAUAAAUUCAAAUGGCUGGCAGAAAAUGGUAAAAAGAAAAUUGUAGUAACAACGAAAUACCAAUAGAUGGUGGUAACGAGUAGGAAAAGACAACAUACUGUACUGGUCACAAUAAUUGAUCACAAUUUACCUCUGUGUGCAGUGUCUUAUGGCAUAUUUUUCAAAGCUUGGAACUAAAGCAUGUGCAGUGAAUGAUCCAUGUCAUGUCAGAAUUGAUUUAGGGUAUUGUCCCUCACAGCAUAUGUUGUUCCAAGUACAUCAGUACAGGUAGUGCUUUGUCUAGAAAUCUUUCCUCAAUCUUUUUGGGGUGCUGGGCAGCCUGUACAUUUUUUUAGCGACCCUGAGAAAUAACUGAAAGCAUUCACUUGUGACAUUGUUUUAAUAAACAACCCCUCUGGGCAGCUGUUUAAUUUCAUGGCCCGUCUCCUGAAGCGGUGCACAAUGCGUAACCGUGCAAUAGCACGUGGAGGGCGCAACAAAAUGUGUUGCAAUAAUGCGCUUUCAA